GAUGUGUCAUUCUUUUCCCCUCACACUGUAGGCACUUCGUAGAUGGCAGUAGCAGCAGCACUUCCGUCUCACAAACGCGGAGCACACUUGCACAACAAAAGGAGUAAGUUUUAUGGUGCUGUGAAACAGGCAGGGCAGUGGUUGGGGGGAUAAGGAGGAAACGUUUAUGGCAUUAAAAAGUGACUGAGGCCACCUAUAGACGCUGGGCUAAUUGGCUUCUGUUCGUGCUGCUGGUGUGUGUCAGUGUGGAGCUGUGAGGGGAGGAGCGAGGACCGAUUCAAACCGGGAGUUAAAGUUAAAUACGAAGCGGGCGCUAACGAAUACAGAAGGGCUUGUAUUUAAAAAAAAAAAAAAGUUUGUGUGUUAAGCUAAUCGUGUGAUAUUAACUCUACCUGAGGAAAAACCCGCCUUCCCCCGCGCGCUGUUUUACAGUAGGCGCAGAGCUGGCAGUGGCUGCUUCCCUCAAGACUGUGACUGACCUGCACAGGUGUCACUGGGUGGUUUAAGGAUGGUUUUGACUCAGCAGCAGACCUGGAGGUAGCGACACAUCGCCUGUGCCUUUGGGCCCCUGGAACCCGGACUGGAGAUGGUCCACUGGGCCGGACAGUGGUGGGCAUGCGUCUGGUUCCAGACUGUGCUGGCCUUUGCCCUGGCCAACUGUGCGUCAUUGGCCCCCAGCCCUGUCAACUUCUCUGUUGUGUAUACAAUGCCUUUCUUCCAAGCUGGGGGUCCCAUCCAAAACAUAGUCAACAACUCAUUUUACCAAGAAGUGUACGUGGCCUCUAAGAAUGUGAUCGAAGCUGUCAACAGAAGCCUGGAGAAGGUGUGGGAGCUCCGCACUGGGCCAGUGGGGGGCUCAGAGUGUCACAUAUGCAAUUUGUGUGAGAUUGACAAGAAUCACAACUUUCCAGAGGACACAGACAAUCAGGUGUUGCUGUUGGAUACACUCUUUAUGUAUUUAUAUUCUUGUGGAAGUUCUCAGUACGGCGUAUGCUAUUUCCACCAGCUGAACCCAAAUGGAGAGCCACCCUCUCUUUCAAAGUGUUUGUUCAGAAAGGGCUCAAACUCUGCUGCUAACUGUCCUGACUGUGUGGCUAGCCCUCUUGGUACAAAAGUCACAAUGGUGGAGGAGGGUCAGACUGUCUAUUUCUUUGUCGCGGCCAGUGUUAAUGACAGUGUCACUCAGCGUUACGGCAGGAAGUCUUUAUCAGUUCGUCGACCACUGGCCACAGAAGAUGGUUUCUUCAGUGAUGUGCGUGGUCUGACUGUCCUUCCCAGCCUGCGAAAGACAUACCAUAUUGAAUAUGUCUACAGCUUCUUCACUCAGGAGUUUGUGUACUUCCUUUCAGUCCAGAGAGAGAGCCCAGAUCAGGAAUCGUCGCCUUUUCAGACUCGUCUGGGACGUCUCCCGAGGAACGAAUGGGAAAUGAAGCGGUAUCGCGAGUUGAUCUUGGAGUGUCGCUUUGAACCAAAGCGAAGGAGGAGGAACGUAGCCAGUGAACCUUAUAAGGAUAUUGUGUACAACGUGGUCCAAGCAGCCCAUUUUGGCAAAGCAGGCAGGGAGCUGGCAGAGGAGUUAGGAGCGGAGGAGGAGGAUGACAUCCUGUAUGGUGUUUUUGCUGUCACCGACGACAACGGAGUCACAGAGCAUGACUCUGCCCUGUGCGCCUUCCCCAUGGACAAUGUGAACAAGGCAAUUGCUGAUGGGGUGGAUGACUGCUGUGAGUCUGGACCUGAGCAGCUCUCUAGAGGGCUCUGCCAUUUCCAACCCUGUGAGAGCUGUCCACAUGAGAGCAUGGAGAACAAUGCCACAUGCAGAGACCAUCCUACCAUGGUGUCAAAGCCCUACUACAGAGUGGACCUGUUCAACAGGAAGAUGACAAACGUCCUGCUCACAUCUCUCCUCGUCACAACUAUUGAGAACAAGACCGUGGCCCACAUUGGUACCUCGACCGGACGCCUGCUUCAGCUUGUGCUGACAAGAUCCAGCCCUGUCAUCUUUGCCAAUUACUCCUUGGUAGAAAACCAGAGGGUCUCCUCCAUUGCUGCUGUGCAUUCUUCAGAAUAUCUUCUCUUUGUGGUUGGAGACAAGAUGAUCCAGGUGCCCCAAAGAGGACCAGGCUGUCAACACUUCCUGACUUGUGCCAUGUGCCUGACUGCCCCAAAAUUCAUGGGCUGUGGCUGGUGCUCUGGAGUGUGCUCGUGGGAGAGCGAGUGCCACAAUCGCUGGAGAAACGAGUCCUGCCCACCUGGGAUCUCCGGAUUCUUUCCACGGACUGCUCCCCCUGAUGGUCAAACAGAGCUAACGCUGACUGGGUGGGAGUUCCAGUCGCCUUUGAGGCCUGCUAUCACCUCCAGAACCCACCAGAUCCGACUGGGACAGACGUCCUGCACUGUGAUUCCAGCCAAAAGCAACAACACGUACUUGGUGUGUAAGAUUCGCUCUGGGGCCACUGAGCUGUUCAAACCAGUCAACAUUACAGUGGAAGUGCAUGAGGGCAAAGUGGAGGGACGCUACUCUAUUGAAGGGAAGGCAGAAAUGUCAGGAUUCACAUUUGUGGUUCCCAACAUCACAGAAAUCCAGCCCAACUAUGGCCCUCGUGUUGGGGGCACACUCAUCACAGUGAGUGGGCCUCACUUGGACGCUGGAAAGACCAGGAGAGUCACUCUUAACGAUGUGGCCUGCGACAUAAAAAGGGUCACAGCGCCUAAAGGCAACGUGUCUUCCAUCAUUUGUUUGUCCAAAGAAAUCUCAGAGGUGAGAGAUGUUCCUCUGAGUGUGUUCAUUGACAAGUCUCCUGUUCUCACAACAAAGGUGUUUUACUACAAGGAAAACCCAAAGAUAACAGACGUCCGGCCUGACUGUAGCUUUGACAGAGGUUCAAAGAUUGUCAUUGAAGGGGAGAACCUGGAUUCUGUUUACCGCACAAUCAUCCGCUUUAAACCCAAUGAGAGCCACCUGAAAUCUGUGUCAACGGAGUGCCUCGGCAAGUCUUUACCCACACGGAUGGAAUGCAUGACCCCUGUUUUCCACAGGGAUGAAACUGUGGAAGGAUCGCUAUCUUUUGAUAUGGAUGGAGCAUCAAGCCUGUGGAGCAAAGAGUUCUCCUAUCACCCCUACGGCGAGCCCAUACCUUUUGAAACAGAAGGACAUGUUCUAAAUUUGUACCCUGGGUUUGAUGAGGUGUCACUACAUCACCAAAAGCUGAACCUGGUGAGCUCCUGCAUGACCAUCAUUAUGACGGUGGCAGGUGUUGAUUGUGGUGCUAAAGUCCUGGAUAAUGAGAUAACCUGCAGGAUCCCCAAAAACAUGACCAUUCCUAGUGAGGGACUACCAGUGAAGAUCUCCAUCAACGGACAGGUUCACAACGUUGGCACAGUGGUGAGGGUCAGCAACCAUUACAUGGUGGGGAUCGUUUUGGGGAUCCUGGCAGCUCUGGUUGCCGGGGCGGUGCUGGCCUUUGUUGUCAUGAAACACUUAAGGAAGAAGAAGAAAGCCUCCAUGGUAGAGUCACGUUUAACCCACAGCGCCAACCGCUGUGGUACAAAUAAUGUGGAGAUGUCACCUGUUGGAGACUACAGAAGAGUAGUAUCGCUAAGUCCUCCCACCCCCUUGGUGGGACCGGUAGCAUUCCCCAGCCUGACCUAUGCAGGAGGUCGCAUAGAUCCGACCCUCACUCCCCUCCUUCCUACAGAAAAGAUCCCUAUCACCAGUUUUAGGCCAGAGCUGCUGGAAGAGGUGAAAGAUGUUCUUAUUCCUGCCGAGAUGCUUGUUGUCCAGAAACAUCGGAUUAUCGGAAAAGGUCAUUUUGGAACCGUCUAUCACGGCUACUUCACAGACUCCAACAACAGAGAAAUCCACUGUGCUGUCAAGUCUUUGAAUAGAAUAACAGAUGUGGAAGAGGUGGAGCAGUUUCUGAAGGAAGGCAUCAUAAUGAAGGGCUUCCAUCACAGCAACGUGCUUUCUCUGUUGGGCAUCCUCCUGCCACAGGAAGGGCUCCCUCUUGUGGUUCUGCCAUACAUGAAACACGGGGACUUGCGGCAUUUCAUACGCUGCGAGAAGAGGAACCCCACUGUAAAGGAUCUGAUUGGCUUUGGGCUGCAAGUUGCCAAGGGGAUGGAGUAUUUGGCCCAGAAGAAGUUUGUGCACAGAGAUCUCGCUGCACGCAACUGCAUGCUGGAUGAGUCGUACACGGUGAAGGUGGCGGACUUUGGCAUGGCCAGAGAUGUUUUCGAUAAGGAAUAUUACAGUGUUCAGGACCACAGGAAGGCUAAACUGCCUGUCAAGUGGAUGGCCAUCGAGAGUCUGCAAACACAAAAAUUUACCUCCAAGUCAGACGUGUGGUCCUUUGGUGUUCUGAUGUGGGAAAUGCUGACCAGAGGAGCCAGCCCCUACCCAGAGGUGGACCCAUACGAUAUAACGCACUAUUUACUGAAGGGCAGGAGGCUUCCUCAGCCACAGUACUGCCCUGACCCUUUGUAUAGCAUUAUGCUCCAGUGCUGGGACCCGGAUCCAGAGUUGAGGCCCAGCUUUGCUACACUGGUGUCAGCUGUCUCCACCAUACUGUCUGGCCUGGAAGGAGAGCACUACAUCAGUCUGAAUGUCACCUAUGUCAACCUUGACCAGCCUCAUCCCUAUCCUGCCCUGACUGAAUCCGCUGAUGAGUAUGACUCCACAGACGUUGAAGACUCGGGCUCAAUGUCUUCUUGAUUCACCUCCCCCUACUUACCCCCUACUUUAAACUGGUUCUGGUGCUAAUAGCAGGCGCACAAAAAAGGAAAAAAACAAACUUCCGUCUCAUCACACCAGUGUUUUUUACCUCAGUGGAUUUGAAUCAGAAUGGAAAAAGUGAGAUGGCGCAACUGUGGGCUUUAGGUUUGUGAACCAAAGGAAAAAGAAAGACAGAGAUAGCAAGAUAUUCUUUUUCGUAGUGCGUUAGGUAAGUAAAAAGUACCUUCAAAUUACGAACACCUACAGAAGUGCAGGCACUACAGCUCACAGAUGCUGGGCGCUGAAGAAGAAAAGUGUGCUUUUUGGUGAGCGAGGCAUUGAUGAGAGGGGAGCUCAAGUGCUUAUUUCUGACAGUGGAUUAAGGGGCUGGUACUGCAUUAGUUCUGGAUUGGUGCUGCGCAGAGCUUUUGCAGAUGCACAUGUUCUUCCUUCACAAAUGGAUCCAAAUAAUAAAGCAUACUUCAUCAUGUUAGAUACCACCAGUAAAAUUCAAACCUUAAAACUGCUUUAUCUUAAGUUUAUUUAUUGUCUAUUUCCAAUAAAUAAACUGGUAACCGACAAUAUGUUAGACUGUAGUAACCAGCUAUUAACCAGCUAGUUUUGUCGUACUAGCUGGUUAGUAAACCAAAGAAACAAAGUGUUUUUAUUGUAAUACAGUCAUCAAAAAAAACAAAGUACACUCAUUUUGGAUUCUACAAUUUUACAUAUCAGGACAUAAUAAAAAUAAUGUGGU